GGGGGCAUGAAAUACAAUAUGGCGCGUCCCAUGUCAGCUAUCUUUCGCGAGCAUUACACAAGUUCAACGUAACAGCAGGGUUGAAGAAAGCCCAAUCAAUUAAUGUUUAGGAAUUUGUUGAAACGUGCUUUGAAUUUAAAUAUAGAGUUAUCCAUACCCGAAAGAUGUUUAUCGUCAAAAAGCGAGUCGAAUGAGUUUGGGAACUUAGUUUGCAUGAUAGCAAACAUGCCGAAAGAACCGAAAGCAGCAAAGGAACUGAGAAUACAGCGAAUGAAAGCCAAAGCGAAGGGUGCUCAACAAGCUCGACCAGCAGAAAUAACGCUCUGGGUAUUGGGCAAUGGAGCGCUGGGAAAUCCAAAAAGUCUCUAUGUCAGCAGCGAUCAGUCUAGGUAUUUAUUCAACUGCGGCGAAGGAACUCAACGGUUGGCUCACGAGCAUAAGAUGAAAUUAUCGAAAUUAGAACACAUAUUCUUUACUCACUCUAAUUGGAGCAACAUUGGAGGUCUUCCAGGAUUAGCGUUGACCAUACAGGACAUAGGAGUCCCUGAAAUAUGCAUUCAUGGUCCCAGGAAUAUUGAAAAACUUUUUGAAAUGACCAAAGGUUUUAUGGUCAUGGAAAACCUGAAAUUAGCCAAGAGGAAUCCUGCAGACAGAGCAUUCGUGGACAAUUGUAUGAGAGUCGAAUAUGUUUCUCUGUUUCCGAGAGAAGCCACAAAUGCCAAACGAUUGAAAAGGGACGAAGACGUUGCCAUAGUAGUGGCGUACAUCUGCAAAUUGCACAGCAAACCGGGCCAAUUGCAGCUUGACAGGUGUGUCCAGAUGGGAGUUCCCCCCGGACCCUUGUUGGGGGAACUGAAGAAUGGCAAAGACGUAACUCUUCCAAAUGGGAAUAUUGUGAAAUCGUCCGACGUCGUCUCUGCGGAAGAGCCAGGUCCCGUCUUCAUUGUGUUGGAGGUUCCGUCUGUUGACUACCUGGAUUGUCUGCUGGAGGCAAGAGAGUUUGAAAGGCACCAACUGAGUGCUGCUGCUCCAGAGGAUGCUGCCAAAGUGGUUGUACACUUCACUCCUUCGGCCAUAAUGGAGGACCCGCUCUAUGUUCAGUGGAUUCGCAGGUUUCCAGCAAGUACUGUGCACCUCGCUCUCAACGAGUACUCCUCUCCAGAAAGCAGUGUUGCCAUUCACCGAGCCCAACACCGUCUCCAUCUCCUCAAUUGCAACAUAUUUCCUCUGCUCAAGAGUGAGGUCCAAAGACAGCCUCCGAAGACGCUGUCUGAGCUCAACGUAUGUCCUGGCGAAACACUGGCCAAGUUCCGUCUGCGACCUUGCCAUGGCCUGGAAAGGGACAGCGCAAUAAAAAUAGAUGCAGAUGCGUACAUCCGAGAGGCACACAGCAGUCCACAUUUUGAAGAAAGACUCUCUGAGCUGAAAGCAGCAACGCGAGCCCUGGACUCAACAAAAACUGUGCCAUCGUAUCCAGAAGUGGUGUUUCUUGGAACUGCAUCAGCCAUUCCAGGAAAGGAACGAAAUGUCAGCUCUAUUCUUGUCAAUGUCAAUGUACAUUCCAGAGAGGACAGUUCAGUCCUUCUGGAUUGUGGUGAAGGAACGAGCAAGCAGAUGAUCCGCUUUUAUGGCUCACAAGAAUUUCACAGAGUCCUGUCUCGGUUGAGCUGCGUCUUUGUGUCGCAUAUGCAUGCUGACCAUCACUUGGGUCUCCUGCAACUCCUAAAAGAGCGACAGCUUUCUCUCCAGCUACUGGACCUUCCUUGGCAUCCCCUGACCGUGAUAGCUCCACGUUUCCUAGUGCCUUGGAUCAGCCGCUACCACAGUGUCUUUGAGCCUGUCUCGCAUCUUUUCUCGUACGUGGACAAUGCCAGCUUGCUUUGGGAUCGAGCUGAAGUGAGCAACGAGCAGAGAGCACUUUUUACUCGUUGGGGUCUCCAGAGUCUAAGCACAGUUCUGGUAAAACACUGCAAGCACGCGUACGGAAUUACCCUGACAACGCAAGGAGGUUGGAAGGUGACCUACUCUGCGGACACCAUGCCGUGUGACACCCUCAUCCAGGCAGGAGAGGGAAGCGACCUGCUCAUACACGAAGCCACCAUGGAAGACGACUUGGCAGACGAAGCAGCCAUCAAGAUGCACAGCACCACGAGUGAAGCGAUCGAUGCUGGCCGCCGCAUGGGAGCCAAAUUCACGUUGUUGACCCACUUCAGCCAGCGCUAUGCCAAACUGCCACUCAUCUCGGAGAGUUUCCACAGCACAGUAGGCUGUGCCUUCGACCACAUGAAGGUGAGCCCUCAGGAUCUGCCGGCCCUGCCUUUGCUGUUUCCGGCACUCAAGAGCAUUUUUGCGGAACACUACCAAGAAAUGCGCGAGAAGACUGCCAAGAAACUUCGUCAGAAAUCAAUUAUUGAAGAAAAAAUGCGAGCAACCUGAUCAUUGCCAUUGAGAGUUGGAGAAGCAAGAAAGUUGAGAGCUUUUGUCAAACAUGGAAUAAACGUGUUCAGUCACGA